AUGGUGAAAACAAAAGCAAAAAAGAGCGAAUUGAUACCGGAAGUCGGCGAUUUCUCAAACUUCUUUAAAGGGUUCGUGACAUUUUUUGUCAUCAUUUCCUUGUAAUCUUGCUGUUUCAGAAGCUCCAAGUUCUCGGAUACUUUCACCGAUGUCAUUUCGGACGUCUACUCGUGGUCGACGUCGUUGGAACCAUCAGAAGAAAACCUACCGCUCCCGUUUGUUUCGAAAAACGAGGAAGUCGUGUGGUCUUAUCUGAAGCAUCAGAACAAGCAACUCGAUUCGGUCAACAAGAAGUUCAAGGUGUGUUCGUGAUUCGGUUCACGUUCAAAAUACGUUUUCUCAGGGGUUCUUGUCUGAAUUGGUCGGAAAACAACAUAUUCGCGUUUCGACCAAAGAAGAAUCGGACGAUUCUGAAGAGUCGGAACACGACGAAGAAGACGUGGAAGACGAAGAAUUGGAAGACGAAUUCGUUGAUGAAGAGGAGGACAAUGAGGAAGGCGACGUUGAUCUGUUUAACUUGAAGGAAGAGGAUCUGAAAACGUUGGACGCAGAUCUUAAAAAAAUGGGAGAAGAAACCGAUUCGGAUGAGGAGGAGGAAAUGGACGUCGAUGACAGUAAAAAGACGUCGGAUCCGAAAAAGUUCAAAAAGAGCAUCGUCGACGACGAGUUCUUCAGUCUCGAAGAAAUGCACGAUUUCUUGCAAAAAACGGAGAGAAACGGAGGAAAAGCGCAAGAAGAUAUGAUGUUCGAAGAUGAAGUACGUUUUCGGAAUGACUUGAAUUUCAACAAAUUUGCUUUUUAGGACAGCUGGGAUGGAAAGGCUGACUACACGUACGAAGACUUUUUCGGAUCUCGAGACGCUGUUCCCGAUGCGGAAGCGGCAAAGAAGGGAGAGAAGAAGCGGAAGGCGGCGGACGCUGAUCUGUCCAUCGAUGACGGGUUUGUUUCACACUUUAAUCAGUACUUAUGCUUUCAACUUUACCCUAAUGUUUCAGAAAACAUAAAAAACGUGUUCGUUUCGCAAUGGAUGAGGAAGAAAACGAAGAAGACGUCGACAAUGAAGAAGAUGAAGACGUUGACGACGAAGAAGAUAUUUCCGAUCAGCCCGUUCUUCUGGGAGCCGAUCUCGAAGAGCAGAAAGAAGAAUCUGCAUUUGUGAAAAGACAGAAUAAGAUGAAGGAGAGAAUUUCGAAGCUGGAAGAGGAGAAUCUCGCUCCGAGGUCGUGGGAGUUGUCCGGAGAAGUGGCGGCGGACCAAAGAGAGCAAAACACUCUGCUCGAGAAACACGUGGACUUCGAUCACGGCGCCAAGAGAGCUCCAGAAGUCACCGAGGAAUUCACCGAUCGUCUGGAGUCGCUUAUCAAGCAACGCAUUAAAGACAAGGCCUGGGAUGAUGUGAUCCGUGUGAAGAAAGUAGAUGCGAAGGGGCCAAAGUUCGAGACUCAGGCCAUCGAGAACAUGUUCAAUCAGAAGACGUCUUUAGCGGAAGUGUACGAAAAAGAGUACGAGAAGAGCAUCGGAGGAGGUGGAGAUGGCGAGAAAAAGGUGAAUGAGUCUCACGAGACGAUCAAGAAGAAGAUGUCGGAUCUGUUCCGCCUCAUCGACGCACUCACUCACUUCGAAUACAAACCAGAUCAGGCGAGAGAAGAAGUCAAGGUGGUCUCGAAUAUGGCUGCUCUCCGAGUGGAAGAGGUCGGAAUCACGGCUUCCAGUGAGGCCCAACUGAUGGCUCCGGAAGAAGUGAGCAAGAAGAUGAAGGCGGUCGAAAAGGGCAAGGAGGAGAGGGAUUCGACGGAUAAGGCGAGAGAACGUAGAAAGAAGAAGGCUAAGCAGAGGUCGAUGGUUGAGAAGUUCGGAGAGGAGAAGGUGUUCGGCGAACAGAAGGCCAAGAAGAAGGAGAAGGCAGAGAAGGGAAUGGACAAGAAGGGCGGCGAGAAGGUGAAGAGCAGCAACUUCUUCGCGAAACUGCAAGAGACGGUGACUGCCGAGAAGAAGAACGGUACGACGACGAAGAAGAAGAAGGUGGUGAAGCGAACGAAGACCGACAAGAACUCGGCUGCGAUCAAGUUGUAG